CUGAAAACAGAAACUUUUUGGGAGAGGCAUAUUCUUAUAGUUGCAAUGGCUACAGCAAGAAGUCCAAUCAAAGUUCCAUCUGAAAAUGAAGACUUACCUGAAAAGGAAAAUGCACCAGAGUUUGAUGAGGACACUUUAAAAGCCACAGCUGAUGUUUAUAGGAAUGAGGGUAAUGAGUCCUUCAAGAAAAGAGAUUUCAUCAAUGCUAUUCACUUUUACACAGAAGGAAUUAAAAUGAACUGCAAUGAGAAAGAACUAAGGGCCAAACUGUACAACAACAGG